GACCGGGAUCGGCCCGCCGCGGAGUGCUCCCACCGUGCUCGCGCGCCUGCGUGCCUCUGCCCGUCCGCCCGCCCGCCGCCUCGCCGCCGCCGCCGCCGUCGUUUCCCCCCACCCCUGCCCAGCAUGUGCCGGCGUCGCUUCAACUGCCCCUAUCUGCAGUCACUCUCGAUCGUGCGUUCUUCCUGGCGUCCAUCGUCGUGUGCUGUUCCCCGUUGUCCCUUCUGAAGGAGGACCAUCCGCGCAAGCGUCAUCAUCCUUCGGGAGAACGGAGAGACUGCGACGACGACGGUGUUUUGACUGCGCGGUCAGCGUCGCCGUGUGCGUCUGAGACGGCCACCACUUGGAUUUCGGUGCUAGUGUUGUCAGGGGCUGCUGAGAAGUCGGCCAGUCAACUCGACGCUGGUCUGGAGGAGAACGCGCCGAUGAUCACGGCGGUGAGCAACUCGUGGCAAUCUGUGAACCCCGUCCAGCGAAUGGUGUCCACUGUCGUGCCAGGGGCUCGGAUGCACUCAGCGCUCUCCUGGAGGCGAGACUAGUCAGAGGCCGCCAUGACAUGCAGAGUGUAUGACUACAGAACUCUACUCAAGAACAGCCUGCGGAAAUGGGACCUCCGCAAGUGGGCCGUGUUCGCGGUGCUCCUGCUCAUGCUCAUCUCCCUGCACAUAUUCCUGUCGAACCGGACGGGUUCUUCGGGCGGCGACUGCCGGGGCUGCUGUCGGCCCGCGCUCAACGUGUUCCUGCUGAAGACUCACAAGUGCGCCAGCUCGACCGUGCAGAACGUGCUCAUGCGCUUCGGCGACCGCCGGAACCUCUCGUUUGCCCUGCCCCAGGGAGGCAACUACUUCGGACACCCAAAGAGCUUCUCCAUGUCCAUGAUUCCCCCGGACAUGAUUCCGCCCUGGGGCUUCAACAUCUUCUGCCACCACGUGCGCUUCGGCAGCGACGACAUCAAGCACCUGAUGCCUCCGGACACCGUGUUCAUCACCAUCCUUAGGGACCCCGUGAACCUUUUUGAGUCCUUGUACCUCUACUACCACCUGGAGAACCACACGGGCGUCCCGCUGGACGCCUUUCUGAAGAACGACGCCAAGCAGCUUUGGCUGGACAAGCACCGCUACGCGUCCCGGUUCGGCCGCAACCAGAUGCUUUUCGACCUGGGUUUUGACGCGUCCGGCUUCACCAACACGUCGGACCUGGACUCGGCCAUCCAGCAGAUCGAAGACAGCUUCCACCUGGUGCUGAUCGCCGAGCUUUUUGACGAGUCUCUCAUCCUGCUCAGGGACCUGCUGUGCUGGGACACGCAGGACGUGGUCUACUUCGAGCACAACCAACGCAUGCAGAAGGCGCCCGAGACGAGCAAGGAGCUCCGUCGUGAGAUGGAGGAGUACAACGCGGGCGACAAGGUGCUAUACCUGCACUUCAAGCGGAAGCUGGAGCGCAUGAUUGACGAGUACGGCCGCAAGCGAAUGCGCCAGGAAGUGGACGGGCUCCAGCUGUGGAAGAACCUACUCUACGAGCACUGCGUCGAGAAGCUCGACUCCGGCCGGACGGUCGCGUACGAGACGCGGGAGUACAGCGACGACGUGUACAGCAUCGUGCUCCGAUCGGGCGUCAACAACCGGCUCUGCCUGGACAUGGCGCGCGCCGAGCUGCCCUACACAGAGCGGUUGCGUGAGAAGCAACGGCUCUUGUCGCGCAACCAUUGGUGGACGCUGCCCUUCGGAGGCUCCAGCAGCACUCGAGGGCAACCGCUGCGCCGCGCCGCCUCCGUGUCGAGGCGCAGGCCCUCCAGACGCAUGCCCAGAGGCUGAAAGACCGUUGCAGCAGUCACUGUGGAGGUUCGGCCCUCGGGAUCUUCGCCUCUUUAAAGCAGCGGUACCCGACGCGGAGUCCUCGGAGGGCGGUGGUGUUGUUCGCGUGCCUGUGAUAACCGGAGGCUUCGGCCUUCGUCCGGGAGUGUCGUGCGCGUGCCUGCGAACGCGGCGCGGCGCUCCGGUCGGCAGACCUGUUUGGGCAUAUCUCAACGACAGCGAGCGUUCGAGCCUAGUGAUGUCACACGGACUGGUCGGGUGAUAGGUUUCGGACGCAGGUAGUUCUUCUUGUUUUCGGUAUGUUGCAAUUUGUGCUGAUGUCCCGCCGACUGCGAGGGUGCGAACUGUUGGGAUCAAAGCGACAGAGGAGUCGUCCCGCGUCGUCCACUGCGUGGCGCGCGCGUAAAUGUCAGUCCAAUCUAGCAUAUCCACAUUUUAAACGUCGAACAUCCGGCACGCCUGAAACAUUAAUGGUGUUCGCUCUGGGUCUUCCCGUGUCGUGAGUGUACGUGGGGGAGACCAUGAAGUUCGUCUCACGGUUCUACUCACUGUUUACGCUGUGUCACAUAGGACCAAGUGGGAAUUUUUUUUAUCGCCUACGCGGGUAGUACAAUAAACGAGCACCUUAAGGAAGGCAGGCACAGCAUUAAAAGCUUUUUUAUUCAUAAUAUUGCAUUUGUUCGCAAUCGGCCCGAGUUUCUUUUUUGACGCUUGAUGCUAGAAUAAUUUGAUCACUCAGUAAUAAUGAUAUGAUCGAAGCUGGCUGUACUUUGCCUUUCUUGUGCUGCAGUAACUCUCCAUACAUGUGUUUAGUCACGUUCGAGUCGUUCUUUUCCAUCACUUGUCACGUUAGGAGCCUACGUAACGUUUUAGUAGCUGUACGCGUGCGUGUGUGUGUACAGGGCUGGAACAAAAUCAGUAGCCUGUUUUAGUUUCACCUCUCGUCUCGUCAGGUGCGGCGGCGACAAAUAUCCAAAGCCAGCGCCACUUUUUUUGGCGAGAGCACUGGUUAGACUCUGUAGCACGUCGUGAGAUCAGUUUCAAGUUGUCAGAAUGCUCAAUCAAUGGUUAGAGUCACAUUGCACGCUGUGUACACUUGCGUCGUGAAGUCAGAUUUUAUUUUUCUCUUGUUUGAUUUUGAUCUGGUUGCUUUUUGGCUCUGUUUCUGGGUAUAUUUGUCUAUUCCUUCUAGAUUCUGUAUGAAAGAAAUCUCAGGCAAAAAAGUCGUCUAAUUAUCGUUCGCAUUUUUCAAACGAUAACUUUUUUUUUUGCGUUUUAUUGAAGCGUUAUAGGCUUUUUGUCAAUAGAAAGUUUUAGUAGAUCGUGCACUACGGAAAUCAGCCCCUGUGGCCGCGUGCUCAAUCCAUGCUUCGAAGUGACGGCACGAGCUCCCGCUAGCAAAGCGAAACUCUAGGGUACAGUCUACUAAAAGUAGGGUGCCUCAAUGACUUUCUGUUUAAAGUGAUGCCACCCUUUGUAGUACCCGAUGCCGACAGCACGCGCUCACGGGGAAAAUACAAAGAAAUCGACGAAAACAAAAUGUCGCCAUAGCACAGUCAGUGCCACAGACGCGUGCAGGGACACACUCUUUCACGCGCUUCUGAACAAAAAUAAAUGUAAAAGUGGGAACAAAAUGGCCAGAUGUCUCCACCCUAAGCAAAGCGCCACAUGAAAGCACCCUAACUAAAAGCUCCUUUUUUUUUUUUUUUUUAGUAUGCCGUUUGUUAUAGCUUUGCGUUGUCAGCGGGGGCUCGUGCCGUCUUUUCGAAGCAUGGAUUGAGCACACGCCCGCUAGGCUCGCAAUCCGCACCGUACAAUCUACUAAAACUCUUGAAACAUGUCUUGCCGAAAUUAUUGCACGCUUUGAGAGAUCUUCGGUUCUGAUGACACCGGGUGAGAGUCGUUCGCAGCACUUUUCGGGCAUACAUAUAUAUAUAUAUAUAUUUUUUUUUUCUUAUGAAAAUAAUGGAGCCUAUUUGCACGACAGUCGUCGGUGCGACAGAUCGGAUGUGCCGCCGUCUCUUCCCGCCACCAGUCAGAGUUGGUCGAUCGACAAGGACGGGCCCUGCAUGCCGUAGACUCGAAAGCUCAACGCCAGGCGCGUGCUGAGAGCAAACGCCGAACACGGGUACACACGUGCUCGUGGGCACCCGAACCUGAAGGAUGUGCGACAUCUGUUGCUCUUCUCCUUCUGUUCCUCCUGUUAUUCCUCACUGCCAGCCAUUACAGUCGGCGACUGGUUAAGAAUGCAUGCUCCGCUCCAGUGCGAGUUUUCUGCCUCUGAUAACACUUCGGUGCACGCACAUUCAAAACGCUGUGGAAGGCAGCGAGCUUGUGCUGGACGCGGAACUGCUACCGCAUUCUUUACCUGUUUCCUACUCUGCGCCGAGAAAGUGGGGGAGAAGAGGAGACGAGAGCGCAUGGUGGACGUCAGACCGAGGAGCGUCAAGCAAAGCAACCUUAAAAAUGUCUGCCUUGCCCUUUUUUUAAGGAUUUGAUGAAAGGACGCGUACUAGGAACUAACGAAUCGUCCUGAUUUACCAAUGAAUUCUUUGAAACUACGGAUAUAGUAACAGGUUGGCUUCCAUUAGGUCCUUCGGUAUUCAGGCACUUCGUCCUCAAAGAAACGCUCGCCCUUUUCGAGGCAGAGUGUGUGGGGCCGACGGUGUGCCUACUGUGUUGGCGAAACGAAAAGAUGACUCGGUUUCGUGCUCUCAUCUCUGAACGAGUAAUGGUUGUGAUAGUGGUGAACUCGUGCGUCUGGUCUUUUCAAGCUCUUGGAUCUAAGGGCCAGGUGCCCGAUUACGUCACAGUAUGUAUAUGUACAGUGCGGAGCAACCUCUCGCUGUAAGAGAGAAAAGAAUAUAACGCUCGUUUUGUACAGACUUCUAGAACGUUCCAAUGUUUAUAAUCGAGUCAUGGGUUACAUGACCCUGAGCCAUCUCAAUGUACUCAGAAAGUCUACGCGACUAUAUCGCGCAUGCCCGUCUUAGUCGAGUUAGAUCUUGAAAGCACGCAUGAGGUUGUCGAAUGAUAUGUAUAGACGCGUCUAUUUCCAAGCUACUUGUAUUAGACUUUUUUUUUCCCCCGCGCACAUGAUUCUCCAGCGUCGAACGCUCACACACUUUGGCACCUCCUUUUUUUACUGUAAUUUUUUUUAAAUUUAUUUUUACUGCGUCUGUUUUACAAUCAGAAAGUCUUUUCGCGUGGACUUCCAAAAUAGAAACCUCGCAAAACGACGCUGGCAUUACUUUAUCUUUAAAAGCUUCCCGGAACGAGUCUCCCGGUGCCGAGAUUAGAGCACUGCGCGCCGGUCGUUAUUUCGUUAAUCUUCCAUAUAAUUGUCCUCAUCGUGAACAGCCCGAGUCUCCUCUUGCUUGUUGAAAAACCAUUUUUGCGUUGUGUUUAUUAGCGUGAAAGUUCUGGCGCGUGCAUUUGGACCUAGCGGAUUGUUGGAACUGAGUGUGUAGCUACUCCAGUCCGAGGAUAGAGCCAGCAUUUAGCGCACCGACGAACCUGUGUCCACUCUCUAUUUUAGCCAAUUUUAUUACUCUUAGCUCGUGUCUGUCUCGCUGUUCGGUGACGUGAAGUUGGAAUCGUUUUCAUUUGUGUCAUUCCUAGCCGUACCUAUUCAGUUUUAAUGUAGGAUUCAAGAUAAUAACGCGACAGAAAUUGUAUUUACGUCGACCUGCGAAUGAAUAUUGCUGGAGCGUCGCGGCUAAUGUGUACACAAUCACUUGGUCUUUUUUUUUUUUUUACUUUUUAAAAUUAUUUAUGAGGUCAAUUCAGUAUAACCUAUGUCUAUCGCCAGAAGUAAACUCGUUGGGCGUGUCACGAGAACGAGAGGAAUGCUUGCAUUAGGAGAAACAACGUGUUGUUUUUAUUAGCUAAAAAAACGGGGAAGAGUGUGUGUGUGUGUGUGUGUGCGCGCGCGCGCGCGCGCGCGCGUGCGUGCGUGCGUGCGUGCGUGCGUGCGUGCGUGCGUGCGUGCGUGCGUGCGUGCGUGCGUGCGUGCGUGCGUGCGUGCGUGUUUAGGAAAAAAAGGGGGGGACACAUUUGCGCAUGAGAGAUAAAAAAAUAUAGUAUCAGCAUGCAAAAAAAAUCAUUCCAAUAUGUUAUGCGUAAGUUUAUAUUAGAAACACUAGGUUUUUGUGUAAUGAAAUCAAUUGCUGGGAUAGUUGGUCAAACAUCGUAUAUACAAAAGCGCAAGAGGACAAGAACAUGAAAGAGACAGGACAAGCGCUGACGAGAAGGGAGCGUGGAAUGUGAUGAUUAAAAACUAUAGAAAAAGAAGCGUAAUGUUGCAGAUAGGUGUGUAAUGAUAAAAAAAAUUAACGGAAUUAGAUUAUUAAAUAUGUAAUUAUUUUUAUCUAAAACAAAAUGUUGAAAGGGGAAGAGAGAUAAAGGCGAUAAAAGUUUAAGAAAAAUUAAACACCUCGAAGAGGACAGAAAUAAUUAAGAAAAGACGUUGAAGUAUGUCAGCUGUUUCACAGUCAGUGCUAAUGAUGGCGCACUGAUCCACUGGUCAACCUGAGCCUUCUUGGUUUUUGCCUCAUAAAGCUCUCUGGUCAUCCGGUAGCCGAAACGCUUUAGAACUUUACUGUCGGAGAACAAAGGGACACAUUUGAAAUCUGACGUGUAAAGCCAUAAUGGAGAUGACCUGAAUGAAAGUUCAUGCGCCGCAAUCUGACGUUCACACAGCGGCCAUAUGAUCCCACGUGCUUUUUCUUGUAAGAAAAGAAGAUAUCAGAUAUGACCCCCACGGAUCCAGUUUACAUAUAUGUAUUGGUAUGUUGAACCCUGCAUUGGUCUGCACAUUCUUUUUGGCGUGUUUGUCUGCUGGCACGUUCUUUCGAUGAGUUUAUUUGCUGGUACUCCCUACCUGGAGGCUACUUUUUUCAAGUUUUGGGAGAGUCUAUGGAUGCCAGGUACAAUCUUUAGGCCGACGGUUCUGGCAAUCUUUCUUUGUUUAGUUCCAUUUUGUGUUGCUAUGCAUUCAACUGUGUCAAAAGCUAACGAGCUGAAAUACCCAGAUUCUUGUAUCCUUUACGCUAGUGCACCAAAAAUUAUCCUUGCUGUCUCUGGACAGGACUUCAACAAGGCCGCUUUUAAGUAGCUUUGCAAUAUUGCACCAAGUUUGAUUCGCUUAAAAUAGGCCAAAUAAAGAAAAGUAUUUUCCUUUCCUUUUGGUCUUUUUCUAGCGUGGUAAGUAGGUUUAACAGGUGUGAUUGUCUUGGAAGGAUAGCUGGAGGUCCAGAAGUUUAAACUUUCUCUUGGUUGGUAAUUCGUAUAUGAAACUUAGUCCUUGUGCUUGUGCCGUAGAGGUUGUACGCGUGGAGCGAAAUUUCGCGCUGCAGAACCCAGGGAUCUUGGAUUCAAUCCCCACCUCUGCCCUUUUUGAUCUGGAUGAGCAUCGAACCGGCGGCGUUCGGUCGUGUAUCGCUGCUGCGUGGCGCACAUUAAAGACCCCAGGCUAGCGGUUGUAUUGCACUGGCUAAACUUUUCCUCUGCAACUGAGACGCUAAUCCAUUGGGGCCGACUGACUUCCGGCUGUAUUACCAUGCACACAACAGAAUUGCUUUACAGUUACGAGUGGCGCUUGUUGUCUUUUUUCAUGUGCUUGUCCUCUUGCGGUAUUGUAUAUAUGAUUUUGUGUAUUUCUAUAUAUCAGACAAAGUUUCUUUUUCCUUGGAGCGAGAAAAAAACAACUUUGCAAUGACCUUUAUGCAGUGUUUGAGAAGCGAUCGUUUAAAUAUGUUUAGAAGACAUUAAACGACAGCGAAUCGAUAUUUUAUUAAAAUUACUCUUUACAUCAGGUCGUUUUGUGUUUCUCUUUAGGAUGCGGAUUAAUCAAAAUUCCAGCGUACUCUAGCGAGAACCUUCAGUCCUUUCCUGGGGUCCCCGGGACAAUGCCGAUAUUGAAAUUCGGCCGAAAUUCCUCGCUCUGGCGCUGACCCUCUAUUCGCAUUCUGAAUGAAAGUUAACAGGGGGUUUUAGCAAAUCGUUUCUGCGGGCCCGAUAGCGCAAUAUCAUUCUGAGAAUACCCACAUAUUUUCGAGAAACUCUAAAUUGUGUUUAUUCCGUUACAACUGCCCCUAUAUUAAGGCGCUUUGAUGUUGAGGUGUCUGUCUGUUCUGGGCAACAACGCUUCUUCUUCGUGGUCAUCAUGGAGUGCAUGAUACCAAAAUGACGGCGACUCGGCUUUGCACGACUCUUCUCUAAUAUGGAAUAGACCCUCUUCAAAAUUGGGCGCCAUCUAGUGGCUGGUGCGCUUGUUGUACGGGUCCGCCAUUGUUCGGGCACGCACUCUGACCAUGUAUGCGACACGAUAGCUGCUUUAGCGUCCGGCAUGAGCUCGGCUCAGCUCUUAUAUCGAGAACGAGUGCUGCUUUGGCGAUGGACGAGGGCUCGAAUAUGUUUUCUUUUCCGACAAAAAGCCAACCGCCAAUGGUGCUUGAUGGGGUUUUUCAAAAAGGGUUUAUUACCUCGGUGUAUUUGGAGCGAUCCAUAAACGGGAAGGGGGGGGGGGGGGGGGGGGGCACAACGCUCGCUCUUUUAGUGCAGGCCACGUGGUGCAGGCAGUGCAGAAGUUGCGAGCGCGCGUUUGCACGCCCAAGAAGGUACCAACAAAAAACGAAACCGCUCAAAACCGCUCCAAUUCUGCCACGCAAAUUCCCCAUAACAUUUUAAUUGCAUUCAUUUUCUUUCCCCUUUGUUCUUAGGAUCGUGUGUUGUCGAUGUCAGGCACUAAAAAAAGUGACACUGUUUCGAAAAAAAAAAAAAAAAUCAUUGAGACAGCCGGAAUUUUACUAUAUACGCAGAAAAAUGCUAAAAAGUUAGUUUGUCCGUGCGGAACUUCUGGUCAGUGUAUCGAUGCACGCUUUGCAUGAACGCUGGCGUUGGGAGCACGAGAAGCUGUCGUCGGACCUGGCUCUGGUUCGUGAUCAUUCCAUGGCGUCGGCUAUCAGAUUGAUGUAUUGACGAUGAUUAUAAUUAUGAAAUGUGUGUGGUCUCUUGUCUUGUAGUGCGGUACGCGUGCAUUUUGGAGAAGUGUAUUUGUAGAGAAGAGAGAAAGGCGUGUUGGUGAUGUGCCCCGAAUAGUUUAUGUUGUUUCUCUUGUAGGAGUCUUUGCGCCCACAGAAAGAUAGCAUAGCGAGUAAGUUGACGUUAAAAGGAAGGACCCUUGGAUUUGUUCGUGCUUUCGACAGAGAUCAAGUUAGAUUUUCUGGAAGCCCUUCAGCACUCGUACGUUCAAGCAGAUUUAUUCUUUUUUUUUUUCUGUUGUAUUUCGUUACAUCCUUGAAACGGGAAAGUAACACUAUCCCGACUGUACAAUUAAUUUAUGUCGAAAUACUUAAAAAAUUACACAAGGUGUACAUUUCUAUUUCGCGUGUAUAGAUUGAUUUUUGUAUACUGUACCCUGCGUGAACGUAUGCGCAGGUAGGCACUAGUAAAAUGCCGACCGCACAAAGAAAAAAGAAUCUCGCUACACCGGACGGGAGUUCGGGGAACAUUGUGCCCGAAGAGGGGCAACCGCGAUUCCACGCAAAGGCGCAGGAGCUGUUGUUCCGUGCGUUCCCCUCGUCCACGGGAUGUCUGUCGUCUCGAAGUGUGGUGUACCGAAAGUUUGGAGCCUCGAAUCACGGUCACUACCGUUCUUAUUUUCGUCGCUCUGGAAGUUGUUUUAGUAACUGUUGUUAAAUAAAUUGUUCGAAGUAU